AUGUACAAUCACUCUCCAACUGGACAGAACCAAGGCAGCGGUCUUCCACCGCAAAAUACACAACCAAAUCAUUCAUCGUCGUCGAGCAAUAUUCCAGUAGAAGGAGUCCUAUCAACUAUGAUCAACACUCAAAAGCUUACUGUGCCACAGUUAUCUCUUGUCAAUCAAGGUCGAGAGCCAACAACAAUCGCAAUUAAAAUGGCAGAUUUGGAGUGGUGGCUUCACAAUGCUUCUACCUACGGACAUUCAGGAUACUUUGCUGGUAUGUUUGAUUACAAUCGUCCGGAUCCGCAUACAACCGAUUUCGCCAUUCUGCGUCGAGAAAAAUUGGAUUUACAAAAAAUUAAUCAUGAUCUACACUAUGGAAUCAAUCAGUGGAAGAAGUACAACAAAACGGAAGGAGAUGUUCUGAAAAAGGAGUAUGACAACAAGCUAGUUGUUUUUAAUGCUCAAAAAGAAGAGAUUGCUCAAAAGCAUCAAAUUGCUUUGAAGAAAUAUUAUGAGCUGGUGGAAGUCGAAAAGAAAAUUGCAGGCAUGACAGAUGCAGUGAACUCUUUCAAAGGAGAAGUCAAAAUGGAGAAAGAAGAUCCGAAAUACGGUGCAAACAAUGCAGAAAAUUCAAAUGCAUGA